AUGUCGUUUGUUCAACAAAGAGAGAGACGUCCCAAUGCUGGAAGUCGUAUGCGUGCACUUCUCGAUCAAGAAGUUGAUAUGGAAGAAUUGUUUGAAUAUAAUGAAAGCGACGAUGACGAUGAAUUUUCAACAAAAGUGAUUGAGGAGGAGGAGGACAAAGUGGAUUCGGAUUUUGAUCUUGACUCUUCCGAAGGAGAACAGGAAUACAUCAAUGAAGGCGAAGCCUUGGACAAGCAAAUCGCUAAGGCUGAGAAAAAGGCUCGCAGGACUGCAUAUAAUCCACCUUCAGCUACGACUAUUAAAAAACCGAUAGAAAGAAAAACAAAAAAAACCAGUAUGAUGGAUUUGGGUUUUGAUAUGGAACGUAAUACCCGACAUUCUUCCAGAAAAAACACGAUGCUGAACAGAAUGCUUGUGGAGGACCAAAUCAGAGAGCAGAAUAAGAGAAAGGCAUUGCAUCAUAAAAAAGAUAAGCCAAUUAUCAAUAAAUUGACACAAGAAGAACUACUAGCAGAAGCAGCCAUUACGGAGGAGAGAAAUAAGCAUUCGCUAUUAGAAUGGCAACAAAAAGAAGCCGAACGUAAGGAAAAUGCGAAAAAGAAGGAUAAACAGUUUAUCACUGGGUCCUUUGUGCGAUACUAUUCAUUUGCAGACGGAAUCUCCCAAGACCGACCUAAAAUGCGAAAGUUAGUACUACUGACAUCUGAUCAAGAGGGUAAUACAGAAUCCGAAUGUAUUACGGAUAAAGCUGCUGUUGAUUGGCAGAUUAAUAAGGAUAUAAAUGAUAGCGAUUUGAUGGGAAGAAACCUUAUUACAUUUGUGGAGAAUGGCACAACUCCGAAAGAGAACCAGAUCUUUGAAAAACCUGGGGAAACGGAGAAAGAUUUAGAUCAUGUAGAUUUGAUAAGCCAAUUAUCAGGUUGGUUGGAAAAGACGCCCAAACCAAAUAAACCUAUACUAUGUCCAAUUACUGGUGAAAUUGCAAAAUACCGUGAUCCAAGUACUGGUGUACCAUUUUCUAAUAUACAAGCAUACCUUGUAUUAAAGUCAUGCUUAAACCAUGAAUUAAACUGGUCUUCAUCUUCUGGAUUAUAUCUGGGUAAUUUACCCAGUGCCAAUGGUGUACCAAAAGGGUGGGGUUCAACCAAUUAA